AUGCCCACCGCCAAGCCUGCGGCUCGCUCCGAACGACUCAAGGAGGGGCUGGGCAUCGCACCAGGCGCUGUCGGCGUCAACCCCACGCCAACCACCUCCUCCAAUGCCAACGGAGAUUGCAGAAGUAUCAGCGCUAGCAUCAACAACAACGGGUCUGCAAGGCGCAGUGAUCGGGACGGCGUCCGUGGCUUCGGCUUGGUCGACAACCGCGACAGCGCAACUGUGCCAACCUUGCAUGCAAGGAACGUGAGUGCGCCCGACGACGCCCCCACGAGCUCCUCGAACCGCCUGCUCGACUCGAGUGUGCCCGUAGACCAGGAGACGGUCUACUGCAACCUUUGGCUCUUUAUUUGGCUCAAGACCAUCGGCUCCUUCGACUCGGGUGCCUUCAGCGCUGCCCUCGGUGCCCCCAACGGCAUCAGCGAGACCUGGGACCUAAGCACGAAGCUGCAAGGCGCGCUGACCUCGAGCGUGUUCCUCGGGAACGUGUUGGGGUGUCCGCUGGCCGGGCAUCUCUUCUCCCGCUACGACGAGAAGCGCGUCUUGUGCACCGCCCUCAUCGCACACACGGUGUUCACGUUUCUCUACGCCGCCUUCCCCAUCUACGGCGUGGCCCUGCUGAACCGCUUCUUUAUCGGCGUCAGCCUCUCCUUUAUCGUCGUGUACACGCCUGUCUGGGUGGACGAGUUUGCGCCAAAGAACCGGCAGAGCGUAUGGAUGGCGUCACACAACGCCGGCGUGCCGCUAGGCAUCAUGCUUGGCUACCUCCUCGCCGCCGGCCUGCCGGCCUUCACGAGCUCCAUCAGCUGGUCCUGGUCGUUCUACAUUAAAUGCGUGCUCAUGGUGCCGACAGUCGUGUACGUGGCACGCUCAGAUGCGCGCACCAUCAACACGCGCAAGGCAAGCGGUGGUGGCGGCGACAGCAAGGGCUACGAUGACGGUGGCGACGGUGACCACGCUGGCGACACCGGUGCCGUCAGCGCUUGUGUGGUAAGUGGGGAAGGCCCGAAUGGUGUAGCAAGUGCGAUGUUCGCCUCACCGCCGGUGGCAGUGGUGAACGCGAGAGCGUCUGCCUCGGCCGGCACCUUGCGGUCGACCAGUGGGGAGGCGAGUAUGACGCAGCCGCUACGCAAGCUGGCAGAUCAUGCCUUAGCGACGAUUCGGAGCCUCUACUCUUCCAUGGCACCGCUUUUCUCGAACGUGGUGUACAUGUGCAGCGUCGUGUCGCUCACUAGCCUGUACUUUGUCGCGACGGGGCUGCAGAACUUCGUGACGCAGUAUCUUCGCGAGCCGCCGUUCAACGCCUCGAUGGCCAUCAUCAUGGUCGGCUUCGGCACCGCCGUCGUUUUGGCACCAGUGUGCGGCGUCAUCGCCGGCGGCAUCCUGCUCGACCGCAUCGGCGGCUACAAGCACAACCUCCGCCGCGUCGCCUUCUUUGUUUUGGCCUGGGGUGCGUGUGCGGUGCUCUUCUCAGUCAUCUGCAUCUUCGUGCACACGACACGCGACUUUCUGCUUGUCAUGUCCGUCGUGCUGUUCUGUGGCGGGGCCAUCGUCCCCCCUGGUGCCGGACUUACGAUGGCGUCCCUGCCAGACCACCUUCGCUCCAUCGGCGCGGCCUUCUCGCAAACCAUCUACAAUCUACUCGGUAACUUUAGUGGACCGCUCGUGUGCGGCUGGGUGGCUGACGCGACGGGGAGUCUGCGCUACGGUAUCAUCACGCUGCUUCUGUCCAGCGUGCUGGGUGUCGUGCCCGUCAUAGGCAUCGCGCGCUUCGCCUUCUACGGUGGUGGAAGCGGGAUCGGUUCAGCGAUGAAUGCACUGAUCGGCAGUAGCGGUGACGACGGCACAGGCGUCGCGACAGAGGUAGUGGCUCAGGAUGAAGAUGAUGAGGUGCUCGAGAGGCAGGGGAACGGAGUAGUAGCGGCGAAGGAAGACGUGGUGGCGGCCGCGGUGCUCGGCAGACAUGUCUACGACCGCGACGGCGCGAAGGUGCUCGCAGAUGCGAUGACGAUGCAGAAUGGCAAGCUCACCGCACCACCGGCGACAGCGUCUAUGCGGAGCGGCGCCGCUGGGUCGACUGUGGAGGUGCAGAUCAAAUCACCACUGCAGGUGUACCAGUCGCUCGCAGCGGUGCGCUGUAUGUCGAGCGAAAGUGGAAGAGGUACGGCCAGCAACGAAAAAGCGACCGCCCCGCUGCCGUUACGAAGCAACUUGCACUCGCUGACAUCGCCGGCGCUGCCUGCCCGCCCUUUCCGCACCCCAUCCACACCCGCAGCCGUCUCACCAGCGGCAGUGGUGCUGCCGCUGGUGACGCCGCCUACGCAACCUUCUCGCAUUGCUGCCGCAGGGCCCACCGGCGACAUGUCGGGGCUGCUACGCGGGCCAGGAACCGCACGGCUUGUGACGCCGGCCAGGGCCCCCUUGUCGACGAGGGCGACCGCUGAGCUCCCUGCCGCCUUAUCUCUCAACUGUGCGGGGCAUCGCGGCGAACAGCAGAAGGCGGACUUGGUGCUGAUGAACCUCGAGGUGGAAGCGGUGAGAGUCAUGUCACUUCCCAACCAGCAGGCGUUCGGGAUCGAUCUGGUGCGGGCGUGGCUGAACAACGAAGUGCAAGAGCCGAACUUGCCCCCGCGCUCCUCCUCCAGAAGCCUGUCGCGCAGCAUCGGUGAGGCUGGCGUGGCGCACCCGCCGCACAUGGAGCUCCUGCCCACCCCCAUCGCCAACAGCAGUUUGGAAAGUCUCGGAAGUGCCGGUGCCGCUGCGCUGACUCCACCCCAUCACUGCAGAACGCUCUUGCAACGGCACUGCAUCAAUGUCGAACACGUAGCAGAGGAGGCAGGCGUGAGACAAACCCAUACGCGCACACAUGCAGGUGGGCACGCGCACGUGUAG